GCAGCCAGGACUCGUUGUAGGUGUGGGUCUACAAGCUACGGUGUUGUUAGCUUGUGACACCCGGUACCCAAGCAGUGAGAUGUAGUUUCGGUAACUCCGACAAUCAUUAAAACAUUUGAAAGCAAAAACAUAGAAUUUCCACAAUACUUUGAGAAGCACAUCGGAGAAGGAGCAGCACCUGUGACCAUGGCAGAAAACAUAAUCAUCCGCGUCCAGUCUCCGGAUGGGAUGAAAAAGAUCCCGUCCACCAAGCGGGAGACGGCGGCCGCGUUUCUCAAGAAGGUUGCCAAGGAGUUUGGCUUCAGCUCCAAUGGGUUCUCUGUGUAUCUGAACCGCAACAAGACAGGAGAGAUACUCUCCCAGAACAAGACCCUUAGCCUGCUUAAGAUCAAGCACGGGGACAUGCUCUUCCUGUAUCCGUCAGGCUCUCCUGGGCCCUCAGGUGAGGUCAUGGAUGUGACCGGCCCUCACACUUCCUCCUCGUUACCUUCCACAUCAUCUUCAUCAUCCGCCUCCUCCGCUGCCGCCUCCUCCUCCUCAGCAGUGCCCCGCUCACAGUCCACGCCCCAGAUCUCUGAGGACGAGAUUGACCAGUAUCUGGCCAAGCAGGACGGCAAGAUCUACAGGAACAGAGACCCUCAGCUAUGUAGACAUGGUCCAAUGGGGAAGUGUGUGCACUGUGUUCCAUUAGAGCCCUUUGAUGAGGACUACCUGAACCACCUGGACCCUCCUGUGAAGCACAUGUCAUUCCACGCAUACAUCCGCAAGCUGACGGGUGGCGCUGACAAAGGGAAGUUUGUGGCUCUGGAGAACAUCAGCUGUAAGAUAAAGUCUGGCUGUGAGGGGCACCCGCCCUGGCCUGAGGGAAUCUGCACCAAGUGCCAACCCAGCGCCAUCACGCUCAGCCGCCAGAAGUACAGACACGUGGAUAAUAUUAUGUUUGAGAACCACACCAUCGCCGACCGCUUCCUGGACUUCUGGAGGAAGACGGGCAGCCAGCGAAUGGGCUUCCUGUACGGCCGCUACACCGAGCACAAGGACAUCCCCCUGGGCCUUCGGGCCGAGGUGGCCGCCAUCUAUGAGCCCCCACAGAUUGGAACUCAGAACAGCCUGGAGUUAGUGGAUGAUCCCAAGGCUGCCGCAGUGGACGAGACUGCAGCUAAACUCGGCCUUCGUAAGGUUGGCUGGAUCUUCACAGAUCUCCUCUCAGAGGACACCAGGAUAGGCACCGUGCGCUACACCAGGAACAAGGACGCGUACUACCUGAGUGCUGAGGAGUGCAUCACAGCCGGAGACUUCCAGAACCGGCAGCCCAAUCCCUGCCGCCUGUCCCCCGAUGGCCACUUUGGCUCCAAGUUUGUCACUGUGGUAGCAACAGGGGGUCCUGAUAAUCAGGUGCACUUUGAGGGGUACCAGGUGUCCAAUCAGUGCAUGGCGCUGGUACGGGACGAGUGCCUGCUGCCCUGUCGGGACGCCCCAGAGCUGGGGUACGCCAAGGAGUCCAGCACCGAGCAGUACGCCCCCGACGUCUUCUACACGGACAAAGACAAAUUUGGCAAUGACAUCACAUACCUCGCCCGGCCACUGCCUGUGGAGUAUCUCAUCAUUGACAUCACCACCACCUUCCCUAAAGACCCCGCCUACACCUUUACCUCCCCACAUCGCUUCCCCAUCGAGAACCGGGACGUCCUGGGAGAGACACAGGAUUUCCAUAGUUUAGCCUCAUACCUGUCCCAGAGUACAUCGUCAGUGUUUCUGGACUUGGUCUCUGACUUCCACCUGCUGCUCUUCCUGGUUACCAACGAGGUCAUGCCCCUGAAGGACAGCAUCGGUCUCCUGCUGGAAGCGGUGAAGACGUCCAAUGAGGAGGUGGCGCAGACCUGGAAGAAGUCUGAGCAGUGGGCCACCAUCGAGCAGCUGUGUGGUACGGUGGGCGGGCAGACGUCCGGGUCACAUGAGUAUGGCGCCAUGGGGGGGCCCUCCCUCCCAGCAUCCUCUUCUGCCAUGUGGUCCUGCCUUCACUGCACCUUCAUGAACCAGCCUGGGACAGAGCACUGCGAAAUGUGCAGUCUACCCCGCAGCUAGGCCCUGCCCCCUUAGACCCCGCCCUCUCCUCUCCUGUCCCGCCCACCACAUCACAGCCAGGAUCAGCCAGAAGAAUGGGAUCCCCCCCCAUUCUCCUGCCCCCCUUCGCCCAUCUGCCCUUCGGCUCACACCCAGGCUGCAGCGGUCACCUCAAGGUCAGAGGUCAAAUGCCACCUAACUCUGUCCCUACCCUGGCCCCGCCCCCAACGUUGGCACUCUGAGGCACCGCCCCCUCAGCGUUUGCUCUCUGAAGCCCCACCCCCUCAGCAUUUGGUCUGAGGCGCCGCCCCCUCAACGUUUGCUCUCUGAGGCCCCGCCCCCUCAGCAUGUGCUCUGAGGCCCCGCCCCCUCAGCAUUUGCUCUCUGAGGCCACGCCCCCUCAGUGUUCGCUGAAAUGGUUGUGUAACUGCUCUGAGGCUUGUCGCUUUUCUGUUCUUCGUUUGGACAGAAGCACACCCCUGUGGCGGGGAUACGCCCACUCGCUCUGGUUUGCUGCCACGUUUGGAGUGGCAGGUGGUCCCUGAAGCUGUUGAAAUGCUUGUGAAGGUGUGCAUUAGUCUGUAUGGGGCUGUGGGCUCAGCUCUACCGCUGCUUCCCCAGUGUGUGUGUGUGUGUGUGUGUGCGGGAGGGCGGGCAGGCGUGCGUGCGUGUGUGUGUGUCUGCGUGUGUGUUCAAUAAGAUAGACAGUUGAGUCCAAACUCCUGUCCUCUUUCACUCCCUCCCUUCUCUUCACUCCCUCCCUCCCUCCCUCCCUCUCUGCCGCCCUUCGCAUGCAGUCAGAGUGAUGUGUACAAUCCCAUCAGGCUUUGCUCAGCCUUCAAAGGCUUCAGCCACGCUGGGGGUCAGAGGUCAACCCUCAGCGAAAAAAAAUAAAUCUCAACCCUCAACAGGGCUUAUUUUGUCAUAAGUUCCAUAUGUUCUGCACCUGUGGAGGGGGGGGCAGGCUCUAAAUUUGGCAAGCUCUUGCUCUUGCCAUCUGUUUGAAUGCAUAAAGUUUAAACUCAUUCCAAAUGAAAUAAAUGAAUAUUCAAAAGUG